UAUGUUAGCAGCAAAUAAUACUGGAGAUGUGGACACUUUUACAGCUAUGGAGCUAAUCGAAAUUCUCCUCGAAUUUGUGGACAAUACCCAAGAGCCCCAGUUAAAGCGACUUAUACAAUAUGUAUGUGGCUUGCUUAAUACAAGCAAUCCUGAAAAUGGGCAAUUGGCAUCGAAAUUGAUUCGAAAGCUGUUUGCAGUGAUAGUACCCAACCCAAAGGACGAUGGACAAUUACAGAUAAAUAACCUGGAACUGAUUUCGGACUUUCUUCUAUGCGUACAAAUGUGGACGAGUCAAUUCCCAAAAGAAGACCAGCUUCUCUUGGCAGAACUCUGUUCCAACAGUUCAAACACCGGGAAUCAGGUGCUCGGGCAAUUAUUUGAAGAUAUUUUACGCGAAUUAGGAGCUAAAUGUAUCACGCCUUCAAAGCUUUAUUGCCGUAUACAGAAGCUGCUCGAAUCGAAGAAUAAUGAGAAACGUUAUUCUGGUUAUUUGAUUCUACAGAAGUUACUCGACAAGACUAGUUCCGAAAACCUGGAUUUGUACUCCUAUAUAAGUGUAAUGGAAUGCCUGAAAUCUGAUCAAAAAUCAGUACCCUUAUCCCUGCUAAAGGAAAAAAAUAUAGAUGGUAACUGCACGCAUAUAAUAUAUAUGCGAUUAUUGCAAAACAAAAAUAUUCAUUUGCUGCUUACCAUCAUCGAGUUCAUCAUGGAUCACUUUACUGCUGCCGAACUCUUCAGUGCAAAUCUGCUGGUCGAGUUCCUUUCAGCUACCAACUGUCUGGAACUGCACAACAUGGAGGCCCAUCAUAUUCAAGAGAGCAAAAUGAUUAACUUUGUAGCUGAAAACGAUAAUAAACAGUUCCUGAAGGCCUUUGCCGAGGUGGCCUGGACUGGCGUGAGCCUGCAUCGCUGGCUAAAUAGUCUAGACCCGAAGAGCCAGCCUCUAAUCAAAAACACUCUGCUGCUAAAAUUAGCUGCCCACGUACGAAAAAUAGAAAAUAUCAAUCUACGAAUCAGUGUCGGCAAUCGCUUCUGUGAUGUGUUUGAGAACACACUCGAAAGUUUGUCUUUGGCCCAUUUUAUGACAUUUGUUAAAGCGCUUCAUCAAGACGACGACAAUGUUUGCGGAACCCUUAUAGUAAUACUAGAAAAAAAAAUCGAGAGCUGUAAAGACAUGAAAGAAGAAAUGGUUCAUCUUACAAGGAGCACCUACGAGAUUUUCGCUGAUACGCAGAAUAACAACAAUCUGUAUUCUCCACUUAUACAGCUAGUGGAAAAACUCGAAACCGUGCCAAUAAAUUUGCACGGCUGGUGGCGUCUGCCCGUAUUUUUUACCACUUUCCAUUUAAAGGAAGCCAGAGAAUUCCUUGUUAUGAAAUAUAAUAUAAAUGUUGAUUUGGUCUCCGACAGUAAGGACCUGAACGAGCUACAGCAACACCUAAUUGACAAGUUAAAUUGCGAAACCGCAGAGGAGAUACUUUUUGUAAAGCAACGAAGCCUUCACAGUUUUCUUGAAAAAAAUGUGUGUACUUGGAGUCAGCUUGAAGAAUUCAACUUGAAUCCUAUUGAAAUUUUGGAAAUUGGCUCGUUCAAUACAUUAUCGCAUAUGGGACAUCUAUUGGAACGUCAUGACAAAAAGCUACCCGAUGAGAAAGUAAUUGACAUUUAUUAUGCCCAGUUAUAUAAACAUUCCAGACGUUGGAUAAAUCCUGGAAGAAUAUUAACUUAUAUAUCCAAUUACCGACAGCCUAAUGAAAUGGAAACUCUAGUUGAAACAUUAAUUUCGAAUAGUAAUGACGGUUGGGAACUGGGAGGAAUUCUUUAUAUAACCAGUUUUGUAUUACAAUCUACGUUAAUCAGUGGAUUACUUUAUUUCGCAAUUCCGACGGGCUUGGAGCGCAUCGAGAGUGCAUAUCUAAACAGCUUAUCGACCUGGAACACAGUAGAACAAAUUAAAUGCAGUAAUUUUAUAACGUAUGUGAGUCGUAUGGAAACAGGACGCACGGAUUUAUUUGAUAAAAUGUUAAAUAUAAUCUUGGACGUUAGUCAAAAGGAAAUUGUUGAAAACUCACAACACCAUAGAAUACAAAUGCGUUUCCUUAGAGCAAUUCUGAGUCUUGAAUGUUAUUGUGAAACCCAAUUAGAGUAUUGGAAUGACAAGCUCUGGAUAGCCCUGUUAAAUCCGACGAAUCCAUUGAAUAUCAGAUUGCUGUUCGAAUGUCUGGUAGCAAAAUUUGUGCCAACAUUCGACCUGUUAAUGGAAAAGCUGGCGACUCUUAGUACCCUGCAAACCGAUCAACAAGAGUCAAUCAUAUCUGUUGUCCACAUAUAUUGUAUAUGCAAAUGGGAUACAUUAAAAGUGGAUCAAUUACAAUUAGUAUUCGAGCUGCUUUGGCUACACGCUAAUUCUGUACAAUUUAACCAGCUGGUGCUACGCAGAUUGGCUGAUAGAUUUGAGAAGAGCAAUGUUGAAGUUCCUUUGGUCGGUGGUACAAAACCUAAUCUGGAAUUGUUAAUUGAUGACAAGAAUUUAGAGUUUCAAACAGAUGUCCGCCUGUUGAUACCCAAAAUAGUACAGUAUUUUUAUAUAGCCAACGCAAUCCUCUAUAUCACAAAUGCACCAUUUGAUGAAUACGAAAACCCCAAAUGGUCUUAUUCCCAAGCCGAAAUGGAAGAACUUGACCAGUUGCGCAGCAUGUUUAAGGCCAAAAGUCUUGAAGUUUAAAGUUCAUAUGACAUUUUUUUAAUUUUAAAAAUAUGUAUUAAUCAAUUGUAGUG